ACUGAAAGCAAACCUAGCCGGGAAGGGAGGUCCAAAGAAAAAGAAGAGAAGGAAGCAUGCUAGAAGGAACGAGAAUGGGGAGAUAAUCAGUGAUUCUGAAGGUGAUGAUGACGAAGAUGAAGAAGAGGAAAGUAAUGAAGCAGACGCUGAAGCAUACAUGCAGGAACAACAAGCCAAACUAGAACAAGAGAAAGAGGCUAUCUUAAAUAACAAAAGCAUGAUUCAAACAGAAAAAGACAGAAUCUUGAAUGAGAUACAAGAGAAAGAGGGAAGGAUGAAAAAAGAGAAAGAGAAUAGGGACCAGUUAGAGUCUAAGAUUAAGGCUAUGGAGAGUAAGUUAUUGAUGGGUAACAUAGUGGAUCAUACUAACAAACAACAGAAGGCGCUAGAACAGAGAAGAAAGGAGAUUGCCCAACAAAUGCAAGUAGAGAGGGAUAUACAGAGAAAGUUGGAGGAGAAAGAGGAAUCUGCUGUAGAAUUACAGGAAACAUACGUGUCUCUACAACAAGAAGUGGAGGUGAAAACAAAAAAACUGAAGAAGUUGUUUGCAAAGUUACAAGCUACGAAGCAAGAAAUCCAGGAUCUUCAGGAAGAACAUGUUAAAGAACGCCAGGAGCUAGAACAGACCCAGAAUGAACUUACACGAGAACUAAAGCUCAAAAUGUUGAUCAUCGACAAUUUCAUUCCAUCGGAGGAAAAAACCAAACUUCAGAAUCGUGCCAUGUAUGAUGAGGAUGAAGAUACAUGGACUUUAAAACCACUUGCAAAUAAAAACUCACAAACCAUGGCUAAGAGGCCCAAAUCAGCUUGUGGUAAUAGAAGACCUGUGUCAGAGUAUGCCAAGAUGGCAGCUGCCAUGGGAGGAAAUCCAAGAUUUAAGGGAGAGAAUAUUUUGAUGGUAGAACUGGAUAUGCCAAAUCGAACAACGCGAGACUAUGAUGGUCCCCAGGUGGCGCCACGAAUACAGGCUGCGCUGGACGCUGCUCUUCAAGAUGAGGCUGAUAUUGACCUAGAUGGAAGUCCCGCGAUUUUCAGCAGCAGUAAGUCAAAAAGAGACAAAGCAAGUAAAUCUCGACCUAAAUCUGCAAUGAAAAAUAACGUGGAUUCAUCACAGGUCUUCCCUAAAGCUAGAGGUCUUGUGAAACAGUAAGAACAUGUGAUACUGUCCUGAAGUGGGAAGGAAACUGUUGUGAAAACAAAAAAUGACAAUUUGUGUUAAGAUAGCAAUGAAAUGUUUAAAAAAUGCAGUGAAAUAAUUUUGAUAUUUGGUAAUAAAGAAUAAGAGUGUAGGCAUAGUUAAAUAUAAGUUAUACUAAAGAAUGUAACAAUUUAUUUAAAGAGAACAAUUUUGUUAAAGAGAGAUUAAUAGGAAAUGAAACUGAGUGAAUUGACUGCACAGCAAAUUUAGAUUUUUGAUUGAAUUUGUUGUUCAUAUCUGCUGAUUAUAAUACUGUAACCAUCAUCUCAUCUUUUUAAAACACAAAUGCUGAACAAAAAAUAAAUGGAAAAAAAUAACCAGUCUUCAAACUCUUAAAUUUGAUUGGUUGAUUUUAGAUGUUCAAUUUAAAGUGACCAAUGACAGAGUGCUAUCUGCAGAAUGGUAUACUCCUGUCUUUUAUUUAAUUUUUUACUUAGAUCUGAACAAGGAGGCAUUAUGAAUACCUGGUACCCAUAGAGUAUUUUUUGUAAUUUUGAUUUUUUUUUUUGUGAUCAGGAAGAAGUAUUGGACUCCAAAUUAUUAUUCACAAAGAAGAAAUGAAAUAACAGUUACAAACCAAAACAAAGUGGGAACUUAAAAAAAAAAAAAACUUUUUUUAUUUGACAUAGUCAAUUUUUUAUUCAGUUUUGUUAUUUUAUUAUCAAUUCAAAUUCAGAUAUCAAUAUCUUUAAGUUAUUAAAAAAAAAUGUUUAGCAAAUUUUAAGAACUGGGAAUAAUAUUUUAGAAUACAUGAUCGGACAAAAUAUUUAUUAUGAAAUGCUGCAGAUCUGACUUUUAUGAUUUACAAUGAAGAAAAUUGAUAAUUAGAGAGAAGAUGUCUUGUAGAUUAACAAUGGUUGUGCCAAUUAAAAAAUCAAUGAUAUUGUAAAUUCUUAAUAUUCACUCUCAUGUUAAUAUUCCUUUGUCAUGUACAGAUAACUGUUUUCAUGGAAAGUAAAAAUGGUAAGGGUACUUGGUUACUAAACCUCUGUAAUGCUUAUUUUGCUGUUUUUAAAAAGAGACUGCACUGCGUUCAUAUAUUCAGUUUGAAAACAGUGCUGUCAAACCAAUAGUUUAAAUGACAUGUCUCUUGGUUGUAGAUCUGAAUUUUAUAUAUGUUGCUGAAAGAUCUUAACUUUGGAUAAGGGGUAUUUAUAAAUUCCUGAGUGUACACGAAGUGAAGUUUUAGAAAAAAAAAUUCUAGGGUGCAAAGGAUGUCAGAGAUGUGUCUGUAGUUAAGACUGUGGUCUCUCUCACAGCUGUUAGUUUGAACCACUAGCUAUAGCAUCUUUGGAUUCUACAUUUGAGAAAGCUAUCAUGCUAGGUUACUGAACUUUAGUGGUCCUACUCAGGUGCCCCUUUUUGCCUGAAACAAUAAACAGAGGGGCACCUUAGGUCAUCUUAUAUCAGUAAAACUGGAAGGUUGCCAUAUGGCCUAUACUGUGUUGAUGACCUAUACUGUGUUGGUACAAGAAUAAACCCAACCAACAUGAAAACAACAAAGGAUGUCAGACGUUAGAUUUGACAAUGCAAAUAUCAAUUUUUUUUCUCAACUCGUAGACUAAAAAUUAAUAAAUAUAUACUCAAGAUUGUGUUGUGACACAUAAAAUUGACUUGUGAAAUGGAAAUUGUUUACAUUUAGUGCUGUCAAAUCAUUUACCUAUACUUGACUGUGAUAUUUAUAUAUGGAUUUAUUAACAUGACAUUUAUAGUGUACAUAUUCUUAUCAUAUCAAUAUUUAUUUACUUAAAUUUGUCACAAUUUUUUGUUGUUCUAGGUUAUACCUUAUGUAUUGUAAAGUGAUUUUCAUUCAAUUCAAUGAUGAAAAAAUAAAGUCAUAUUUUCUUGUUACUUAAUUUUUGGAUUUUUUUAAAUGUAGAUUAGUAUUUGUUAAUUUGUAUGUUUUCUUCAUGCCUUAUCACUUAAAUUGCGUAAAU